AACAAAAAUAAUAAAAAAUGGAAUUUCAUUUUCAUUUGCCACACCACAAACAUUAAAUUCCCACCGAAUCUGCCAUCACUGGUCGCCACUGUCAUCUUGCUGUCAUCCGUCGUCUCGCCGCUCGCGGGCCGCGUAAACGUCAAACGUCGUCGUCGUCGUCGUCAGAAUUUCGUAGCAUUGCUCCAUCUCAUCGCUAAUUGUUUUUCUUUUUGGUGCGCGCACCCGCGAUUCCCUGUUUGUUUUUCCGUUUUUAAUCCGUGGCCACGCCACCAAAGCUGCCGUGUGGUGUUGUGGGUUGGCGUUCGAAGUGCCAAAAGGUUGUGCGUUGCGGAGGAGGACGGAGUGGCCAUUUGGCGGCGGUUUGUAAACAAAGCGGUUGGGCGACAACUUGGAGCUGGACGAUGAUAACGAGUCGGAGGCGAGGUUGCAGCUGGAUCCGAGCGUGUGGACGAUGCCGAGCAAGCCGGAGACGCCGCGGCCGCAGUUGCCACAUCCGGCGAUGCAGCAGCACCAUCCGCAGAGUUCGUUGAUGGCGGCGAUGCAGCACCAUCAGAGGAUAGGCGGGGGACCAGGUGGCCCCUUUGUCGGUCUUCCGCCCAACUUCCCGCUGCCGAAUCCGGCUCAGAUGCGCAUCUGUUCGGUGGAGGAGAUCGAGCAGAACAUGAUCAAGCAGCAGGCGCAGCACUCGAUGCCGCCGGAGGUUCCCCAGCAGCUGCCGCCGUUUCAUCAUCCGGACAUGGGACUGCCUCGUCCGCCGCCCGGAUUUCCCGGCAUGAUGAAUCACCAGCCGCCGUUGACAAUUCCGGUGAACUUUCCGCCGCCGUUGAACAUGGUUCCCCCGUUGCCACCGUUGCACCUGCUCCAGACGAACGUCCCGCCGCCGUUUCCGAUGAAUGUGCCGCCGCCGAAUUUCCCCGGAGGUGAGAGCCACGCGAAUUUCAACCAACGGCUGGUUCAGGAGAUUCAGCAAAACCAUCCGAUGCUGAACCAGCACCGUCAACACCAGCAACAGGGUCAGAAUCGCUACCAGCAGCAGCACAAUAAUCGGCAGAAUUACCACUAGAACCAGCAGCAGAUGCAGCAUCACCGUGGCAAGCUGAACCGGUCGGGCGAGUACGACGAGUACGCGAACCUGAUGAGCGAACGGGACAAGCAGUGGCUGCUGGCCUUUGUACUUAACGCCCAAUACCCACCUGAUGCCAAACCCAUGUGGACGUUCAUCCAUAAGCAUGCGUAUGGCCUGGUUUUUGACAACGAUACAAAAUACGCCUGCGUUGUAAGCCUCCUUGCAUAUUUAUCUAAACCUCCCGCUAAGUAAUUUCUAUCGUAUUGUAUUUAUUGUGAAGAUUGUGAAUUAUUUAUUUAUUUUUAAUGUGUAAAUUUAUGCUUUGACUGAAU